UGACCAUGGCGUUCAUGACGCAUCUGUUUCUGAUCUUCUGGAAGAACGUGUACAUGAUCCAAAUCCGGCGCCACUACUUCAUGACCAUGAUCGAGAUCAUCGUGCCGGUUAUCAUGGGCUACAUGUUCAGCUACGGCGGCCUCAUUGGCCACUCGCACAAGAACGCCACCGAGGCCAUCUACGGCAGCACAUCGGCCUUGGCUCACGCAGCGCACGGCAUCCUGCAUACCGACGAGGUGGACACCUGGGACGGCGAAGAGUUGUCGAGCGAUGCCGUGUUGCAGUUUCUGAACAAGACGGUGCCAUUCCGUUGGGCGCUGGCUCCAAAGAAGGGCAAGCCCAAGCCCAAGAAGAAGAAGAAGAAGAAGAACGAGCUGACCCCCGAGCAGCUGAAGAGGAAACAGGCCUACACGGAGAGCGUCGCCAAAAACCCGGUUCGCCACACACUCGGCUGCUUGCCCACCGUGGUCGGCUUCCUCUUCAUGUUGCCCGUGUUCACCAAGAGGCUGUGCGAGGAGCUCACCUCGGGCGCAAAGGUGCUGCGAUUUUGUUUCUCUUGCUUUAAUAUUACAAUCCGGCUAGCUGGCUUUUGA